AUGGCUGAGCACCACAAAGUACCUCAAGGCAUUGAAAAGAAAGACAUCACUGAGUUUGACUCCUCGAAACUCAAGCACACUGAGACUCAAGAAAAGAAUGUCCUGCCAUCUACCGAAGUCAUCACUCAAGAGAAAACAAUACAGCACAUUGAGGCGUUUGAUAAAAAGAAUUUGAAGCAUGCUGAAACUGAAGUUAAAACAACGUUGCCUGAUAAAAGUGUGAUUAAUCAGGAGAAGACUAUACAGAACAUAGAGGGGUUUGACAAGUCCAACCUUAAGAGGGCAUCUACAGAGGUGAAAAAUCCACUGCCUGACAAAAACAGUAAGUAA